AUCGGUGAUCAACAGAGCCCUCGAGUACUUUGGUAACAGUAACCCGCUACAAGACGCAAGCUGCUGCAGUGAAGGCAGCCUGACCGGCGGGGCGGCAAGGCGCGGCGUUCCAUUCUCCAAUCAGAGGCCGUAGAUUUCGAGGGCUUGACCCGCUUCCUGCUCAAAAUUUUUGUGGUCUGUGGUGGGACCCACUUAAAUUCUGGCUCUGCUCUCUUUACCCCACCAACCUGCCUCGCCCCUCCUCCUCUUGCCCUUAAAAACUUCAACCCCUCCAGAAAUUCUUGACUUCCUCUCCCUCUUACUUCCUCCGUCGGCAUACCUGAUUCGAGCAAUCUUACUGCCACUUCACGUAUCCCUCAAACUUUUCGAUCUGUGAUCGCAAAACCGUCAAAAUGGGCAAGGAGGACAAGACUCACAUCAACGUCGUCGUUAUCGGCCACGUCGAUUCCGGCAAGUCGACCACCACUGGUCACUUGAUCUACAAGUGCGGUGGUAUUGACAAGCGUACCAUCGAGAAGUUCGAGAAGGAAGCUGCUGAGCUCGGCAAGGGCUCCUUCAAGUAUGCCUGGGUUCUUGACAAGUUGAAGGCCGAGCGUGAGCGUGGUAUCACCAUCGAUAUUGCCCUCUGGAAGUUCGAGACCCCCAAGUACUAUGUCACCGUCAUCGAUGCCCCCGGCCAUCGUGAUUUCAUCAAGAACAUGAUUACUGGUACUUCCCAGGCCGAUUGCGCCAUUCUCAUCAUUGCCGCCGGUACUGGUGAGUUCGAGGCUGGUAUCUCCAAGGAUGGCCAGACCCGUGAGCACGCUCUCCUCGCCUACACCCUCGGUGUCAAGCAGCUCAUCGUCGCCAUCAACAAGAUGGACACCACCAAGUGGUCCGAGGCUCGCUUCAACGAGAUCAUCAAGGAGACCUCCAACUUCAUCAAGAAGGUCGGCUACAACCCCAAGACUGUUGCCUUCGUCCCCAUCUCCGGUUUCAACGGCGACAACAUGCUUGAGGCUUCCACCAACUGCCCCUGGUACAAGGGCUGGGAGAAGGAGGUCAAGGGUGGCAAGGCCACCGGUAAGACCCUCCUUGAGGCCAUCGACUCCAUCGAGCCCCCCAAGCGUCCCACCGACAAGCCCCUCCGUCUUCCCCUCCAGGACGUCUACAAGAUCGGCGGUAUCGGCACAGUCCCUGUCGGCCGUAUCGAGACUGGUGUCCUCAAGCCCGGUAUGGUCGUUACCUUCGCUCCUUCCAACGUCACCACUGAAGUCAAGUCCGUCGAGAUGCACCACGAGCAGCUCGCUGAGGGUGUCCCCGGUGACAACGUUGGUUUCAACGUGAAGAACGUCUCCGUCAAGGAAAUCCGCCGUGGCAACGUUGCCGGUGACUCCAAGAACGACCCCCCCAUGGGCGCCGCCUCUUUCGAUGCCCAGGUCAUCGUCCUCAACCACCCCGGCCAGGUCGGUGCUGGUUACGCCCCCGUCCUCGAUUGCCACACUGCCCACAUCGCCUGCAAGUUCUCUGAGCUCCUGCAGAAGAUCGACCGCCGUACUGGUAAGGCCGUUGAGGAGAGCCCCAAGUUCAUCAAGUCUGGUGAUGCUGCCAUCGUCAAGAUGGUUCCCUCCAAGCCCAUGUGCGUUGAGGCUUUCACUGAGUACCCUCCCCUCGGUCGUUUCGCCGUCCGUGACAUGCGUCAGACCGUCGCUGUCGGUGUCAUCAAGAAGGUCGAGAAGGCCGCUGCUGGUUCCGGCAAGGUCACCAAGUCCGCUGCCAAGGCUGGCAAGAAAUAA